AUGAAGAUGCAUUCAUGCCCUCACGCAACUUCAAGUACUGGAGUCAAAAGGAAAGUUACACCAAGAUGUGUUGCAGCUAUAGUGCAUAAGGAUUAUCUGGGACUAUAUGAGACACCUACUGCGAAAACCCUGGUCGGUCUGGUGGAAAGAAAAUUGGGUGUGGAAGUGUCGUAUACGACUUGUUUGAGAAGAAAAAAUCAAGCUGUUGCGGAUUUGCGUGGUGAUCCCGAGAAAGGAUACAAAAUAUUGCCUUCUUAUUUGUAUAUGUCAGAGAAGGUGAACCCGGAUACAAAAACAAGUUUGUUACUGGAUGAACACAACCAGUUCAAAUACCUAUUUGUUACGUUGGGAGCCUCCAUUAAAGGGUUUGAAUACAUGAGGAGAGUCAUCACUGUGGAUGCAACUUUCCUGAAGACUGUUGAAGGUGGUUGUUUAGUUAUUGCCACGGCUCAGGAUCCAAACCUUCACCAUUAUCCAAUAGCAUUUGCUGUCGUUGAUGGGGAGAAAAAAGAAAGCUGGAAUUGGUUUUUCACGACGCUGAAAACUGUUAUACCGGAUUCGACGGAAUUGGUGUUUGUUUCAGACAGAAAUGCAAGUUUGGUAAAAGCUGUUGCUGAAGUGUAUCUGAUGUCUAAACAUGGGUAUUGUAUCUGGCAUCUAUCGCACAAUGUGAAAGUUCAUGUCAGACAGGGCAGGGACGAGGUAGCACAACAAUUCAGAAAAAUUGCAUGUCUUUAUUCAGAGGCUGAGUUUGAAAAUCAUUAUGAAGAUUAUAGGGAGAGGUAUCCAUCGUGUGCUAGGUAUCUUGAUAAAAGUGUCGAUGUCAAAAAUUGGGCGAAGUGUCAUUUCCCCGGUGCAAGGUACAACAUAGACACCUCUAAUUGUGCGUAG